AAUGAACAUGAUUGCAUUUCCACUUGCUUUGAACAUCAGUGUGUGACCGAAGUUCGUUGGUGACGUAAUAUAUUUUGAUAGGAUCAGCUUAAAAAUAAUAGCAAUAGUUUUGGUAGUUUGAAUGUGCAGUUAACACAAAAACCAGCUAACUGAAACUCGUUAAACAAUUUUAGAGCACUUGAAGGAAAGUACCAAGAAUGAGUUGUUUCAAAUUUAGAUGCCUCAAAAUUGCUUGUGAAUCGCUCUGGUGACUUUUUGGGGAAGAAAGCGUUGAUUUUCCGUAAAACUUUUACACUACAGUGAAGCAUGCAUGUCUCAAAAUUUCUCUGUUUGGGACCUCAUUUGGUUCGCGAACCGAAGUGGUUUAACGGGAUAUCCAUGUUUUUUCUCGUGCUGUUUAAAAGUUAUGUGUACAUAUAUGUUUAUUUAAGUUCAUACGGAUUGUUAUUUACUGAGGUUGAACGUUUACGAUCCCUUCAGAAUGAAAUGUUGCACAGUAGAUAUUAUCCAAGCGUACGGCAAUUCUAAACUAUUUGUAAACUAUAAACUAUAUGUAAGUGUUGCGAUCCAAUAUGGACGUUUUUCGCAUUAAGGAAAAACUAACAUGUGCUGAAUUAAUGCAGGAAUUACUGAAAAAUAACACUGGAUGCCAAACUGAUUCAACCAGUCCUGAAAAAUGCUACUCAUCUCGCACUUACGUUGUUUUUGCUGUUUCCAGUUAUUUGCGAUGGUAUUAUGAUGCGGACUGCCAGUCAUUAAUCUAGCUAUCUACGUUUUAAUCAGCGGUUCACGAUCAGUGGUUAGUCACCCUCACACAGCCAAUCUCAGUAGAUGGUAAGAGCAGAGUUCUUGAAAUUUUCGUUUCUUUCCUCUCUGCUUUUGUUGCAAUUCAGCGAGUGGUACUCAUUUCAUGUUAUGACUGCAUCCUACUGCGUGGCAACUGGCGGUACUACUUGCCGUUAAUUACUUGUUGCGUAAAUCAUUUACUCCAUUUCUUGAAUUGUAACAAAACCGAUAAUAUUUAGGCUUCCUAGUGUCGAAAAAGUGUGUGACAUCUAUCAUCUUCUACAGUUUACCGAGUCAUUUGAAUUCAAGUGUGCUUUCACGCUGUUUGCGACCGUUUAUCAUUAAAGUUUGUCACAUUGUCUUUUGUUCUAUGUUGUUUCACAGGUUAGAUUGAAAUGUCCGAACUUGUUGAAUGUUUUGUUUGCAAAAGCAAGUUUGUCGACCAAACGGAAUAUUGGAAGCAUGUCUACGAGGUUGAUUGUACCUCUUCACAUAACGGAAUAAGUCUUCCUACUACUGAUUACAACACAAGUAUUCAGAAAUCAAAUUACAAUGGUUCCAGAGUAGACGACAACUUCCAGGUUCCCAAUGGACACUCUAGUGAAAUCAGUUUUCACACUAGGUCAGCAACAUGUAACGGUAGUGAAAAGUCAGUUAAUAAAGGUAAAAAUAAUCGUGUUUAUUGUGCUGUAUGCCAAAGAUAUAUCGCUCUACGUGAUGUAGUUAAGCACGAAGCUGGGAAGAAGCAUCGAAAGAGGGCAGAGGGUUUGAGUUUAAGUGUAUCUAAGCCUGAUGUGUUUCAGUAUAUUACAGAAAGCUGUUGGAAUACUAAUUACCCAACAAGUAAUCAUGUACAAUGCCCUAGUGAAUCCGGAAAAAGUAGUGUUCCCAAGUCUCAGAAUCUUUCAAGAAAUGUAGUUGAGAAGCAGAAAUGCGACGUCGAUUCCGUAAAUAUUGAAGGUGAACCUAUGCACGAGUUGGUCAAUAAACGAUGCAAAGAUGUCUCAAAUGAAAUAACUAUCAAGUCGGUGUUACGUAGACUGUGCAUGAUUGAAAUUUCGUCUCAGCUAACUGAGAUUAUUGGAGAUGCGGACCAAAACAAUGACUUUCUUUCGCAAUUAAGAAUAAAAUGUCGAAAUGACUUAAAUGCUCUUUUACGUCAUGAAAUACCUAUUCCUUGGACCUGCCCAACGUCAACUUCACGGGUCAACGGCACCUCAAAGCAUAAAACUGAUCAUAGUCAUAAUAUGUCGUUUGAUCAUCUCUUAUUAUGGAUUAAACAACUUCAUAUAUUGGAGAACAGUUAGAUUAACUCAGUGGUGCAUUUGUAUAGAUUAUAUAUGUGAGUUUUCAGGUGUAAUGAGUUAUAAAAAUGCAAGUGUUUAUUUAUUAAAAUGUAUAUUCUCUUCGAUAGUCCGUGUUUAAAACUGAAUGUGAUUACUGUCUAGAAUGUUUAUAACAUUCGUUUACUCGUCAGAUUUUAACAACCAAAGAAGGUCUUUUGGAGAAUGUGUCACUGGAUCUACGCUUUGUAACUUAAGGUGAUGGACAUGUCAGUGUGAUACUUCAGUGUUGCAUACUUUUCAAGUUAUAUCUUACCAAAUAUAUUUAAGAGCCCACUUGUUUUAUACUGUCAUUUGUUUUUGGGAAUUGUGUCGGUAGGUCCUCGUAAAUCGCAACCAGUUACUAAAAAAUAAUUCUAAGAUGAAGCAGUCACAAGAAGACCAGUUAGGGAUCUUUAAAUAGUUAUCUACUACUAUGGUUAAGAUAAGGAGCCAAUACUUCUUCCUUUGUAUUGACACGUUUUGGUUUGCAUUUCAUUUUCAGAAGUCAAAUAUGCGAAAGACUUGUAGUUACCCUUCCCGGCGUGUUAUAGCGUAAGAUGAUUAGGUUUAGUAAUACUUUGCCCUCUGCGC